AUGGCGGGGAAGCACGGGCGCAACGGCUACGACGACGACAACGUCAAUCCCUUCGCGGGAGGAAGUGUUCCACCUGCCACCAAUUCUCGUCUGUCACCUCUAUCACAUGAACCGGCUGAUUUCUACAAUGUGGACAUUCCUCUCGACUCGUCAAAGGAUCUAAAGAAAAAGGAGAAAGAACUCCAGGCUAUGGAGGCUGAGCUAAACAAAAGAGAACGGGAAUUGAAAAGGAAGGAAGAGGCGGCAUCCCGAGCUGGCAUUGUGAUAGAAGAGAAAAAUUGGCCUCCCUUUUUUCCCCUCAUCCACCACGACAUUUCCAAUGAAAUACCUAUCCAUCUACAAAGGAUGCAGUACCUUGCAUUCUCGUCAUUCUUGGGAUUGGUAGUGUGUCUCUUUUGGAAUAUCAUAGCAACUACAACAGCAUGGAUUAAAGGGGAAGGUGUUAUGAUCUGGCUGCUUGCCAUUAUCUACUUCAUAUCUGGUGCGCCCGGGGCUUAUGUGUUAUGGUAUCGACCUCUUUAUAAUGCAAUGAGAACUGAGAGCGCUUUGAAGUUUGGGUGGUUUUUUCUAUUUUACAUGAUUCAUAUAAUCUUCUGUGUGUGGGCAGCUGUGGCUCCUCCAUUCCCUUUCAAAGGAAAAUCUUUGGCUGGGAUUUUACCUGCAAUUGAUGUCAUAGGCAAUAAUGCUAUUGUGGGGAUAUUUUACUUUGUUGGAUUCGGCUUGUUCUGCCUUGAAUCACUUCUGAGCAUCGGUGUCAUUCAGCAAGUAUACAUGUAUUUCCGUGGAAGUGGAAAAGCUGCAGAGAUGAAACGUGAGGCAGCACGUAGUGCUCUAAGUUCAGCCUUCUGA